AUGACGCUUUUCCGAACGUUCUUCCGAUCACACAAGUCAGAGGCAGACGGAACAAGUCGGCCCCGUCGCACUUGGCCUCGGUUGCGCCGUUCACAGUCGGCUGCAGUCGUGCUUGAUGCCCAUCUCCAACUACUCACACCAACUGCAGAUGCGAGUCCGGUUCAGACUGGAAGUGACGAAACAGAUUCUGCUGCGAGCGAACGCCCUGCCGUUGCCAGUACUCGUGCCGGGCAGCAGUCCUCUGGCCACGACAACCUGACUCGGACAGAAGAUAACGACGCAGCUGCCGCCGAACCUUCUCACAAGAGCAACGACUCUAAUGAGCUCUCACGAUUCCCGCAAGGUUCCAAGCGCCUGAAAACCUUUGUAAAUCGGCUCCGACCCCGCAAAUCCUAUGGGCCGAGUUGUGUCUCAGAGAGUCUCCAACCUACUGGACUGCAAGAUGGCAGAGAGAAUGCCAACACGGAUCCCGUCAAGGAAGACCCUUUUUCUCAAACGCAAUCUACCGUUGACGCAGGGGCCCAGGAGCAGAACCGAAGUGUGAGUGCUCGAACCGUCCAGUCUGAAGAAUCGAACCACACCACCAUUACUGUCUGCCGGCAUCCCUCUCGGCAUAUUCCACUGCCCGUGCAAGAGCUCGGUGAGGACUGGUUUGUGGAAGGUUUUAUGACCUAUGGUAAGCAUAGUCGGGAGACCACACAUUUAUCAGAGGCAUCGGACCCUUUUUCCGAUGGAAAGAUCGCGGAUGCUCAUCGUCGAUCACACACAUCCUCUCGCUGCAGUGACGACCCGGUCCAGAGAAAAUCUGAGGCCACGCAGCGAUCGAAGAGACGCAGCCAAGCUGAGACUUCUCAUCACACUGUGGCUAAAUCCCACAGCGAACAUAGUUCCCACAACUCUCAUUCUUCCCACCCUGCCUCGACUGCUUUGAGAGACCCCUCUAGCAGCAGUCAGUCGAGUCGAAGUAGCCGCAUGAGUCGGCUUGACCCGACCCGGGCGAGAGAAGCUUUCAACACAGGAGCAGUUCAGUUCAACCCCCUGCUGUUCAUCCCGUCUGGUGACGCUGCAACUACUGAAGCUGAGGAGAAGCCCACUCGUGUGGUUGACAAUACCCUCGAGCGCCGACGUCGAUUUCUCGGUCGAAUUCACCCAGUGCAAUCCCACCUGACACUGGGAAGUGCUACCCCGACCCCGACGCCAGCUCCCAAGCUACGACGAACGAAGACAUUCGCGAGCUUGGUCCGCCGCCCUGAACCGAUGACUUCUUUGCGGGGGAAGUCUAUCGAAACGAUUGCCCGCCUUGGGGGAUACAGUUUCAUCGUCUUACCUCCCGAUCUGGCCCCCUGUCCAUUGCAACUGCCAGCCAGUAUAGUGGCAACAGUUGUAUACCUGCGAAGAUUUGGAGUCGGUGCCCGGGCCGCCGACUUAUUUGUUGAGCCGGGCAAUGUCAAGAAAGCUAUCCGCCUGUACGAGUGUUUCGCAAGGCAUGUCCUAAUAGCAGCGAAGGAUGAACCUAGGAUCGCACUGACCAUGCGCGUGAUUGCCAUGCCCAUUUGGGAGAACGAGGAGGAAGGGACUCCGAUACUCAGUACAGCCUGGGUUCUGAAAGCGAUAUUGGCUGGAUUGCCUGGCGGGAUCCUCGGCUCUGCACAGCUCUACAAGACCCUGAAGGACAUCUACCAUACGGAAAGCGUUCAUACUGCGGCCCGCACCCGGCUCAUCGCCCUCGCGAUUGUCGCAUUGACCAGUGAGAUGCAGUGCGCCCUCAUCUGCGCCGUAUUUGGGCUUCUUACUGCACUCCUUCAAUCGACUGAAAGGGACGAGCCCCGGCCAGCCGGGACUCCGGUCCGACCGGUGGCAAGCAUGUCGAAGGCCGACAGACUGGUACGGGUAUUUGGACCGCUGUUGACUGGGAGUGGGCCGCGCGACCAGACUGUGCAGCCGAACGUGACAGAAGAGGUGGAGCGGGAGAUCGCCGAGGAGCGCGUGGCGGGGAUGUUAGUCGAGCACUGGCGCGGCAUUAGCCACCAGCUGCGGGCGUGGACGAGUGGGUACCAUUCGAGCGAGAGUAAACGGGAGUGA